GUGUGUAUAGUGAAUAUAGUACUUAAUGUUUCAAAUGAAUGAAUUAAUGUCUAAUCGUUAAUUCAUACAUUUACGAUAUCUUUGAAUAGUUUAUUAUUUAGUUUUUAUUUUAUCCUUGUUGAAAUAAAAUCUUAUUUAUUAUAGCCGAGUAUACUAAGAAUGUAUAAUUUUAAAUUGAUACGAAGUAAUAGUUUACAACAUUUGUUUUUAUUUGUAUUAUCAUCUAGGAAUUGCGUUCUCAAUUGUUGAUUUCUCUUACGCUAGAUGGCACUCGGAGCAAUUCCCCCACUUUUACAAAAGUAUACAGGACAUAGAUGCUAAUUUUUGAGUUUGUAAUCUUCUGUAGUUUGUUGUUAGUACUCAUUAGUUAACGAAUACGUUAAUAAAAUAGAUAGUUGCAUUUAUUUUGCAUAUUAGUAUUAAGUGUUAUAUAAAAGCUGAAUAUAUAUUGCAUCUUUACUGGAAAAGAAGAAGGAAGAAAAACAAAACAAAGCAAAGGAAGUAGAGUAUUUUAGGUUCAAAAUGUCUAGUACAUCCCAAAAACACAAAAAUUUUGUAGCAGAGCCAAUGGGUGAAAAACCGGUUACUGAUUUAGCUGGUGUUGGUGAAGUUCUUGGAAGAAGACUGGAAGCUGCUGGUUUCGACAAAGCAUAUGUAGUACUUGGACAAUACUUAGUUUUGAAAAAAAACAAAGAACUGUUUCAAGAAUGGAUGAAAGAUGCUUGUUCAGCUAAUGCAAAACAAUCUAAUGAUUGUUAUCAGUGUCUUACGGACUGGUGUGAAGAAUUUUUGUAAAGUAUUAUUGAUAAUGAAUUUUUGUAAAGUAUUAAUGUUAUAUGAAAAGUAUUUUAACAUUGCAGAAUAUUUUAUAACUUACUAUAUAGAAGUCUUUUCACAUGUAUUAUGUUUUUAGAAUUUUCGUAAAAUUAACAAAUUUUAAAACCAUAAUUAUAUAUUUUCCGAUUUAAUCGUUGACACUCUUAAAAAAUAUAUAGAAAUCUUUCUAUGCUCAUUUGUCUUGAGAGAAAGAGAGAGAAAGGGAUCAUAGAAAUAAUUUUAAAUCUAAAAAUAAGAAAUAAAUAAAAAAUUUGCAGUAAAUGUAUAUUAAUCUAUUUCUAAUCAUUCAAUAAUUGGAAGUACUGUUUAUAAUAAGAAAUUAAUAAAGAUUAUGGGAAUGUAAUAAAUAAGACUUAAGUAAUAUGAAAAAAAAUAAAGAACUAUAUAUUUUUAUUUCAUAUAAAUAAAACAUAGAACAUGUUUAUAUACAUGAAAUAAGUUAAUAACAGUAGCCAUAUGCAAAUGUACGCACACGCACACACACACGUGUAUACAUAUAUAAUCAAAAUAAUAUGUUGUACGUGUGGAUACGCGUCUGUAUACAUUUAUGCCGUUUUAAUUUAUACCUUCCUUAAAUUAGUAUGAAUCGGAAAAUUUGUUGAUAGUUUAUUAAAAUAUGUGGUGAACUUCU